UAUUGCGGGGAACCACCGUUGCGAUCAUGUCAUCCAUCAUCCAUCAUCCAUCAUCCAUCAUCCAUCCAUCCUCCAGCCUAUUCAUCGUCUCUCCCGACUCACCCAUGCAUUGUCCAUCGGUUCCUUCUUGCCCCCCCUCAAUCCCCCACACCCGAUUUUUCUUUUUUCAAAACAAAGAAAAACAAAAAACAUUUGUCCUUGGUCGUGAAGGUAGCUUGCAUGCUGUUCACGAUCUCCGGAGUCCGGCGAGCAUGUGAAUGGUACUGCCCCUCGUCAUGUGCCAAUGCUCUUCUUGAACCAACGCCCCGGCCUAGAAAUCCUCGGUUAUACCUCAGUCGCCAUGGAGACUUGGGUGACCCUCUGCGGGCUUUUCGCCGCGGUCCUUGGUAUGAUUUUCGACGUGGCGCGGUUCUGGAAAGAACGAUUAAUCUCCUGGUGGAAAUCCAAGUCUCCUCAGAAGCAACUGCAACAUGCUCUGGCUACAGCGCUCACCUUUGAAGAAUGGGAAGAGGCUGCCUUCGAGCUCGAUGAGCUCCUUAGCAUGGACCUAUGGCGCCAGAACCAUACUAGCCGGCAUUACGACUACCGGCUGAUUGUAGGUAGAAUGGAGGCUCUUAUGAACGCUCGAGCGGAUGAGGAUAUCCUGAACCUAGUUAAUCUCCUUCGGUCUGGGUUACUUCGCAAUCUCGGCAACAUUACCUCCCCCAAGAUGUUUCUGCACGCCUAUGCCGGCACCAAACUUCUCAUCGAUGACUAUAUCACGCAGGUUGCCCUCUCUAUUCAGCAAGUCACGACCCUUCAGACUGUCCCGGCCCACGACAGUGGGUUCACCUCGCAAGCAAAGCUGGAACUUCUGCACGAUACCCGGCAGGCGUUCGGGAGGACGACCUUACUCUUACAAGGCGGGUCCAUCUUUGGGCUCUGUCAUCUCGGAGUGGUAAAGGCUCUCCAUUUGCGUGGCCUCCUGCCAAGAAUCAUCACCGGAACAGCGACUGGGGCACUCAUCGCGGCCCUGGUGGGUGUUCAUACUGAGGAUGAACUGCUCACGUUCCUGGACAGCGACGGUAUCGACUUGAGCGCCUUCGAUCGCCGGCGGAGGAUGAAGACCCCUGGCGAAGACAGCUGGUGGCUGCCGUCUGAUCUCGGAGACCGUUGGCUGGGGACUCUAUUACGGCGAAUCAAGCGAUUUAUUCAGAAAGGCUACUUCUUCGAUGCGGAGGUCUUAGAAGAAUGCGUGCGCGCCAAUCUUGGUGACCUGACCUUUGAAGAAGCUUAUGCCCGGUCCAAGCGCAUCCUGAACAUCACGGUUGCUACAUCGAACAAAAAUGCGACCCCGAAUCUCUUGAACUACUUGACUGCACCAAAUGUGUUAAUCUGGUCCGCCGCUGUAGCUUCCAAUGCCUCCAACAACUCGCUUUACCAGCCAGUUACAAUAUACUGCAAAGAUGAAACCGGCUCGAUUGUGCCUUGGCCGCAUUCUCGGGAUGCGACCUUUCAAUCCUGGCGUCACGUCCACUACAACGACGGAGAAUCACCACUGGCCCGAAUUGCCGAGCUAUUCAAUGUCAAUCAUUUUAUCGUAUCGCAGGCCCGGCCAUACCUUGUCCCGUUUCUGCGGUCGGACUUGAACCUGCUAGAUCGGCGCCCAACAGGCCAGUGGAAUAUCACUCGGUCGCUGGUGCGUCUCAUCAUAGCGGAGGUCCGCCACCGUCUUCGUCAACUGGAUUACAUGGGUCUACUCCCGACCGCCCUCGCACGGCUCCUCAUCGAAGAGACCAUCCCUGGACCCAACCUGACCCUCGUGCCCGAUCUCUCCUUGAUGGACUUCACCAAACUCUUUCAGAACCCAAGCAAAGAGAGUCUUGCCCACUGGUCCCUCAAGGGGGAACGGGGCGUCUGGCCCGCUGUCAGCGCGCUGAAAGUUCGCUGCGUCAUUGAGAUCGAGCUCGACAAGGGCUAUCAGAAUGUCCGCCGCCGCCGACCAGCAGGGGAAACGUCAACCGCGCCGCGUCGCGUACCUAACGAGGGACUCCCGCGCCGACGCCGAGGAUACAGUAUUGACUACGGAAGAGAUGCGAUCAACUUCUCGGGCAGUUUAGAUUGCCAAGAUGAUUCCAAUUACUGAGUUGUUUAUGCUCGUGCGCAGGCCACGCCCUUCUUGCUCAUGCUCAAUAAGUAUAACUAUGGUUACUUAAUUCCUGGAUAAGGAUUUACCAUUCCCUAGCUUAUUUCUCUUCUUCUUCUUCCUCGUACUUCCCCCCUCUUCCCUCUAAUAUUCCAUCAUCUAUUGACUGUGAUCAUCAAUCCCCACAAGUGUCACAAAGGUAUAGUUAUGCGCUGCCAACUUGCCUGAGGUCUCCUUGUUAUCUAAUUGAUAAUGCAUAUGCAUCGAUGAACCUGUUAAUCAAUCAACCCACCAUGAGUUGGAUUUUUAGUUAUAACUAUGGAGAUUCAUUCUCUCUGAUUCGAGAUGUGAAUAAAUGAACUACAAAUUAAUCAAUAAAGAAGCA